CCCAUGAUCGCCUCCUUGCAGGACUAUCCGGGCGAGAUCCUUGACUUGCUCCGCGCACCAGAGCUCGAGCGCUUGCGCAUCGGAUUCGCCUCUGACGAGGCGCCGCGCGGCUUACGACCUACCACCGUUAUCCCUACCAUCGUGUCUUUCCUUCGCCGCUCCGAGUGCGCGCUCGUCGAGCUCUACAUGUUCCUCCAGACGCAGGAGACGGACGAGGACAUGGUUGAGCUCUUUCUCACCGUCCCGUCGCUCCAGAAGCUCACGCUCUGCAUGCCCUCCGACGUCCGGCUCUCCGCGGAGGCCCUCCUGGCACUCAUCGUCAAUCCCUGGAGACCGCGCACGACGCUUCUCCCCUGCCUGCGCUACCUCACACUCGUCACGGACUGGUCGCCCGACCCCAGUCUCGCGGAGGGAGACGCGCUCGCCGUGGCUAUCGACUCGCGAGUGACCGCUCGUCAGGACACGGAUGGUCUAGUGGAUAAUCUGGAGAUAUUCCGCUUCGCCUGCCAAGCGAGCCACCAAUUCGUCUGGUGCGGGUGGACCAAAGAGCGUUUGAAGAACUGGAUGAGGCAGGGGUUGAAGAUCGGGAGGGCUGUGGUGGACAUGCCGACGGAAUGGAUUGAUGUUCGGGAUGAAGGGCACUUUAUUAUUGACUGGGAAUGGCUGUGGAUUGACACCAUCGACGACUGUUACGAUUGACUUAUGCUUACACAAGCGGGAGAGCCCGUGUCUUCGCCACGGGUCCAUAGACUAUAACAGCCUUACUGAUCGCAGUAGCCAAAGCUUACUCGCAGACUCUCCUUGAAUAUGCCUCUAUCCACGGUCAUGGUUUAUCUCGGCCUCACUGGUUACUAGUCUGGACUGCACGCACGUAGCCUCAUCUGCAG